AUGGGGUUUUGGCAGCGCUGGCCGCGUGUUGGCGGGCUGUCGCUCCGGGGUGGCGGGGCCUGCCUCCCGCUCUGGGGCGGCCGCCCGGUUUGCCGGCGCCAGUUAUCUGGCGCUGAAAAUGAGACCCUAGAACAGAGAAGAACACAAAUCAUGUCCCGCGGACUCCCAAAGCAGAAGCCAAUAGAAGGUGUUAAACAAGUUAUAGUUGUGGCUUCUGGAAAGGGUGGAGUUGGAAAGUCUACAACAGCAGUUAACCUUGCACUUGCUCUAUCAGCGAAUGAUUCGUCAAAGGAGAUUGGUUUGUUAGAUGUCGAUGUAUAUGGCCCAUCAAUUCCAAAGAUGAUGAAUCUGAAAGGAAAUCCAGAAUUAUCACAGAACAACCUAAUGAAGCCUCUUUUGAAUUAUGGUAUUGCUUGUAUGUCUAUGGGCUUCCUGGUUGAAGAGACUGCACCAGUUGUUUGGAGAGGCCUUAUGGUGAUGUCAGCCGUUGAAAAACUGUUGAGGCAGGUAGAUUGGGGUCACCUGGACUAUUUAGUUGUUGACAUGCCACCAGGAACUGGAGAUGUGCAGUUAUCAGUCUCACAGAACAUUCCCAUUUCAGGUGCUGUGAUUGUCUCCACGCCCCAGGACAUUGCACUGAUGGAUGCACGCAAGGGUGCUGAGAUGUUUCGAAAAGUUCACGUGCCCGUUCUUGGCCUUGUUCAAAAUAUGAGUGUUUUCCAGUGCCCAAAAUGUAAACACAAGACUCAUAUUUUUGGUGCUGAUGGUGCAAGGAAACUAGCACAGAUCCUUGGUCUUGAUAUUCUAGGAGACAUUCCUUUACAUCUUAAUAUAAGGGAAGCUUCAGAUACAGGCCAGCCGAUUGUAUUCUCCCAGCCUGAAAGUGAUGAGGCCAAAGCUUACCUGAGGUUAGCUGUGGAAGUGGUCAGAAGAUUGCCACCACCCCUGCAGUGA